GAUUUACGGCUUAUCAGUUAUUAUAAACAGUAUAUUAUUCAAUAUUGUAUAAUAAACUUAACACUAAAUUAAGCUUAGUCAUAGCUCGAAAUUCGAAUUAUCAUGCGUCGUACUUGAUAUUUAAGUAAACUUGAAAUAAUUAUUAUUACCGAGUUACAUAAUUAUUAAUGAGUUAGAAUACUCAAUACACAUAUUGAAAUAAAGGAAUUUAAUGUUCAUACAAAUAAUAAUAUUAAUACUUGGAAGUAAUACAAUAUGCAUAACAGACUGAAAGUACAAACAACUGAAGCACAAAAAGCUCAAGAAAAUCGAGAAAAAGAAAGAAGACUAAAAUGGUACCAAAAAGGUAUAAGUGAAGUAUUCAAACACCGUUCUAUAAAAGAAUAUGAUGAAUUAGCCCUACAAUCUUCUGAGGGCCUUUUACGCUCAAAUCCAGAUCUUGCUACUUUAUGGAAUUAUAGAAAAGAAAUUCUUUUAGUUUUAAAACCUUCAAAGGAACUAAUUAAUGAAGAGCUUUAUUUAACAGAAAAAUGUUUGCAAGUAAAUCCAAAAUCCUAUUCUGCAUGGUUUCACAGGAACUGGGUAUUGGAUAAUGUCGAUCCCGAACCCGACUGGCACAAAGAACUAACACUAUGCACUAAGUAUUUGAGAAUGGAUGAGAGAAAUUUUCAUUGUUGGGAUUAUAGACAAAUAGUUGCUUCCAAGUGCCAAGAACCAAAUGAAAAUGAAUUACAAUUUACAAUGGAAAUGAUUAAUUUAAAUUUUUCAAACUAUUCGGCAUGGCAUUAUAGAUCAAAGUUAAUAAGUGCAGCAGGUAGUUAUGAAGAAUCGACAAAACAUUCAGAAUUAUCUUUAGUACUAAGUGCUGCAUUUACGGAACCCUCUGACCAAAGUGCUUGGAUAUAUCAACGGUGGUUAAUCGGAAAAUUAGAGCCCUCAAUAUACAUAUACCAAACAUGUUCUAUAAAUAAUAAUGUAUUCUUGGUACUCAAUAGAUGUUUACCUAAACAUUAUAAUAUUAAAGGCCUAAGUGAGACUGACUGGAGCUCAUUUGAUUUAAAAGUUUGGUAUAAUAAAAGAGAAAAUAAUGAUUUAUGUGUAGAAAUACUUAAUGAAAAUAACCAAACAAUUGAUAAGGCAUCAGUUAGUGUACUAAGAAAUCGAGACAUUUUUAACAUUAAUAUUAGUGCGCAGCUUAAAGAAAUUCUAAAUGCACAAAUAGAAAGCUUAAAUCAGUUGAUAGAAAUGGAACCUGAAAGUAAGUGGGUUCUACUUACUUACGUUUUACUUCUAUACACUUUAAAACCAGAAAAUUAUUUUGAAAAAUGUUUAGCAAAUUUAAGUAUAUUGAAAAAAAUUGAUAAAUUGCGAAAAAAUUACUACUGUGAUCUUGAAAGUCGUUAUCGGAUCGAACAUUGGAUUUCUAACACCCAAGAUACAAAAUAUGUUAACUUAAGAGGAUAUAAUUUAACAGCAUUUUAUCAUAUCAACAUGUUUAUUAGCAGCCACAGAGUUGAUUUUGGUGACAAUGAUUUGUCAAAUAGUAAUUUACAACAGUUAAAAUAUUUGUUAUCAUGUAAAGAUUUAUCACUAAGAAACUGUAAUCUAAAUAAUUUAAAAGGAUUUCCAGAUUUACCAUGUCUUGAUGUAUUAGAUUUAAGAGAAAACAAUCUUCAAGAAAACUCAUUCAAUGAUAUAAUUAAAUGUAAAGCGUUAAAACAAAUUAUACUAGACAAAAAACAAACACCACUUGUAGAAAAACUUCAAACAAAUAAUACAAUACUCAAAAUUGAAGUAAUUUAAUUCUUUAAUUAUAUAAAAAUAUCCUUUUAAUAAUAUAGAAGUAAGUCAUCAAUUUUAUAUUACCAAUUUAAUUUUCAAUAAUUUUUUUAAAUUUCAAAUGGAAAUUCUCAUAGUGCACUUAUGUAAUUUUAAUUUAU